GUUGUGUCUCUUUAAGUGGAGGUAGAGAGUCAGUGUGUGCGGGGGAGGGGAGAUGAGGGGGGUUUGGCCGUGUUGGAACAGUCCUCCUGUAAUGAGCAGAUAUGAGAGCGAGAGAGAGAGAGAGAGCGAGAGAGAGAGAGAGAGAGAGAGAGAGAUUCAAACACACAGACAGUGGAGAUAAACGAUAAGAAGCAGCGAUACAAGCAAACCAGGCGCACACUCUCCCUGGAUACACAUCAGAAGAGAAGGCUCUGAACCUGGAUUUAUUACUGAUGCGCAAACACUGGAUUGUGAUGUGGACCUGAAAGAGCGUGAGGAGAAAGACAGCAAGAUAGAUAGACAGACAGGGAGGGAGAGAGAAAUAGAGAGAGAGAGACCGUACAACGGAUUAAUAAUGCUGGAUUGUUUGCUGCCUUGCUGAUCCAUCCAUCUCCUGUUACCUAAACGACAGCGUUCAUACCCAGCAAUCACGCGCCUCGUGCUUUUUUUUUUCCCCUUCAUUCUUCUCUUUCUUUAAUCCCUUCAUCAGCAGCAUCAUCCGCAGCGUGAUGAUGUCGGGCGGGGGGUUUUGGUGCUGACGCUUGUACAACAAGACAAGAACCUCCUCCGUACACUCUUAGAAAAGAAGGUUCUUGGGUUUAUCCCCCUGGAGGAACCCUUAAAGCUGGAAUGUAGAACCUGACAAUACAAGUUGAACCCGUUGAAAAGCGAAAACCAUCCAAAAGAACCCUAGAGGAACCCUUUUUUCUAAGAGUGUAGAGUAGACGUGCGUAAAUGCUGCACAAACGUUUCCUCCACCGAACAGGUUUCUAAAAAGGUGGAGCCUCGGGGAGCCGAGGAUCGGGGCCUGAGAAGCCCUGCACAUCCGAGUCGCUGCACUCGUGUCGCCCGGCGCGUGAUGGCUGGUGUGGGCCUAACGCUGUGUCCGUCUCCGAGACGCAGUCGCCGGAGAUCUGCUCAGGAAUAUUAACCUCACUCUCUGGGAGCAGGAUGGUGUGAACAACGUCCUGUUUUAUUUUUUAUUUCAGCCUGAUUUUUCAGUUUCAGUUGGUGUCAUUUUGUGCAACUGUUGACUGACAGGGAUAUUUCCAGUUUGAGCAACGUCUUCCACUCUUGCUUUCGUACCCGCCCCCUCGCCCCACCACCAUCACCACCCACUCCUGAUCUUUUCUUUCAUUUCAUUUUUCUUUUUCCGAGAUUUGUGGACUUUUGCCAAGCCCUAUUUCAUGCAUGUCCACUGGGGGCAGGUUCAACUUUGACGAUGGGGGGUCUUACUGUGGCGGGUGGGACGAAGGCAAGGCCCAUGGCCACGGCAUCUGCACAGGGCCCAAAGGCCAGGGCGAGUACGCCGGUGCGUGGAGCCACGGUUUUGAGGUCCUGGGUGUGUACACGUGGCCCAGUGGCAACACCUUCCAGGGUACAUGGGCGCAGGGCAAACGCCAUGGCAUCGGCGUGGAGAACAAGGGCAAGUGGGUGUACAAGGGGGAGUGGACGCAUGGAUUUAAGGGGCGUUACGGAGUACGGGAGAGCACCGGUGCCAGCGGCAAGUACGAGGGUACGUGGAACAACGGACUGCAGGACGGAUAUGGGACCGAGACUUACUCGGAUGGAGGUACAUACCAGGGCCAGUGGGUGGGCGGCAUGCGGCACGGCUACGGCAUUCGGCAGAGUGUCCCGUACGGCAUGGCGGCCGUGAUCCGCUCUCCACUGCGCACCUCCAUAAACUCUCUACGCUCAGAGCACAGCAACGGCACGGCGGGUACGCCAGGCACGGGGGGCGGCAUCAGCCCGGCAGCGUCACGCGGUGGCUUCGUCCUGACGGCUCACAGCGAGGCGGAGCUUCUGAAGGCGAAAAAGAAAGGCCUCUUCUUCCGGCGCUCUCUGCUCAGCGGCCUGCGUCUGCGCAAGUCCGAGUCGAAGAGCUCGCUGGCCAGCCAGCGCAGCAAGCAGAGCUCGUUCCGGAGCGAGGCGGCCAUGAGUACGGUGAGCUCUGCCGCCUCAGACGUCAACUCCACCAUCAGCCUGGGCGAGGCCGAGGGGGAGCUCCUGCCCACCAGCACCAACGUCAACGACGAUGCCAACGACGAUGACGGCGUGGACGCUACAGCCACCGAGAGCUACGCGGGCGAGUGGAGGAACGAUAAGCGCUCCGGCUGUGGCGUGAGCCGCCGCUCGGACGGUCUCUGUUACCAAGGCGAGUGGUUGAGCAACAAGCGCCACGGCUACGGCUGCACCACCUUUCCCGACGGCACCAAGGAGGAGGGGAAGUACAAGCAGAACUCGCUGGUCAGCGGCAAACGCAAGAACCUAAUCCCGCUACGUGCGAGCAAGAUCCGAGAGAAGGUGGACCGCGCCAUCGAAGGCGCAGAGAAGGCGUCUGAUAUCGCAAAGCAGAAAGCUGAGAUCGCUUUGUCCAGGACGGCCCACGCGAGAGGGAAGGCGGAGGCGGCCGUGACGGCGGCGCAGAAAGCGCAGGAGGAGUGCAGACUGGCCAGAAUCGCAGCUAAAGAGUUCUCGCCUUCGUUUCAGCAUCGAGGAAACGGAGUGGAGUGCGAGAGGCCGAAGCCGCAGCCGUCGAGCGACAACGACGUCGAGAUGAUGUCGAGCGAGACUCCGGACAGCACCGAGCUCUACAUGAAGGGCUCGACUCCUCCAGAGCUGACUCCUGACGCCAGCCCGGGUCCAAGCCCCACCUCUAAAUCUCGGGCCCGCCCGAAAAACGCCCGCUUCCUGCGACAGAGCGCCGUGGACGACGAGAGGGGCGGAGCCUCCGAAAUUCAGGUUCUGGUGGAGGGCCGGAGCCACGGACGGCCGAGCGGAGGCGGUGGAUUAGGCGAGGAAUACGUGAGAACGGCGAACACCAACGGUCACCGGCACUCCUCGUCCAAUCACAAGGCGUCGUCCCGGGAGCACGGCUCGUCCAAUCACAAGCCGUCGUCGCGGGAGAAGUGGGCGGAGUGGACUUCGCACCGGACGCAGACACGCCUGCUCGAGCAGGACGAGGAGAAGCUGAGCAACUACGAGAUGGAGAUGAAGCCGUUGCAACCCAUGGACUCUAACUCCCAGAAGCCCUAUGGGCAAGGGGAGGAGCGUCACCGGGGCAAGACCCGGGGCAAAAACCGGGACCGAGAAAGAGACAGAGAGAAGGACAGAGAGAGAGAGGGGACGGCACAGCCCGGUGUGGACCCGGUGCAAAAGCUGGACAGUCUACGUGCGGGCGAGAAACUGGAGGCUCGGCCUCUGCGCAGGGACCUCAUGCUCUCGCCCCCACAAAAAUCCUCACCCAUUGCACUAGAACACGAUAAAGAGAAUCACACACAGCUCAAAGCCAACUCGGGCUCCAGCUCAAUUCUGGUUGUCAUGGUGAUUUUGCUCAACAUCGGAGUUGCCAUUCUGUUUAUUCACUUUUUUAUUUAAAACUCUUGUCAUUUCCUUUAUUUCCUGUUAAUUUAUCUCCUUUCCGAGCGGGCUGGGAGUGUUUAUCCGGCUCCGGCUACAUCUGAUCUGAUUAAAGGAAGCGUGAAUCACGAGGACGGAGGAAGGAACGAAAGAAAGGAGGAAGGAAGGAGACAGAAAAAACGAAUUUACAGUCAACUCUGGGCUCAACAUUUUUUUUCCCUCUCCACUUCUCCAAAGAGCUCAUGUUUUCGUUCGCAGUUCUUCUUUAGCGUUAACGUUUUAAGGUUCCUCGUUGCUACACUUGUAUUCUUUUUAACUGCCUUUUUUUUUUUCUUCGUUUUUUUUGCCGUUCUUGACUUUUCCAUAGCUUUUUCUUUAUUGUUGUUGUUGUUGUUGUUUUUGUUUUGGCUGGUGGACUCGAACGAAUGGUGGCGCCGCUGGCGUGAGACAGAGUGUGUGUGAGGUGGUGUGAGCUCACAGGUGAACUUUACUCCGUCGAAACGUCGUAUUGAUGUCACUGGAUGGGAAAUGGGAUGUCCCGUAUAUGUUCCCGCCGCCCCUACGUCCCCUAUCAUCUGGACUUCUCAUUCCUGGUCAGGAAGGGCCGGGUCAGGAACUGUAGAAUCGUGGAUAGGUUCUGUUUCGGAGAGCACAAAAAUAAAGAAAAAAAAAAAAACGCAUAAACACAUUUUCACUGCGUGUUUAGAAACUGGAAUGGGACAGGCCCGAACCAGAACCAGUUCGAGUUCGUUCUCUUCCAUAAUGACGCCAUCGUAGAAGAAGCGCUCAGAUUAGCAUGGACGUGUUUAAUUAGCCGUUUGUUUAAAAACAAAACACAGGCUGACGUCGAUAUCCGGGAAUUGAACACAAUUCGUACAACGUAGCUCAUUAUAUCAGAUAACACGUUUCACGCAGUAACCGGGCUAUAACGGUUUAUAAAAGCUCAACGUAAAACGAACAUGCGUUCAAUCACAUUUUACCGGCUACCAGUUGUUAUGUCGCGGAACAAAAUGGACCAAUCAGGAAUCAGGAUCACUGACAGGGAAACGACAGGGGAAACCUGUCAUCUAUCACGAAACGGAUGUUUAGAAACCGUAUCCGUUCUAAACGGCUCCGCUCCUGCGUGGCCACGCUCAUUUGCAUAAAGAAACGCCCCCCGGAUUACCAUAUAUGGUAAACACUUUCACAGAGCCUUCGCGGCCUGCACGUAGCACUGCUCGUUCCUGGCAACGUGCUGCAUGAGAGUGUGUGUGCGUUCCGUUAAGGGCGCGUCUCGUUCGGCUCCCUCGGUGGUGAAUCGGUAUACGGUGAGCCCUUAAGACGGCCGAGUGCGCUCACUAGGGAGCCGAUUGAGACGCGCCCUUAGUACACCUGCAGUGGCGUGAAUAAUCCCACAUUAUCGUUGUCUUUUAUUUCCUACGAUGAUCCACGUUAAAGUUUGGUCGACGGUAAAUUGUGCGUCUCCUGCUGUCGGACGCCCACCUAAAAUUCACGAGCGCGUCACGUUUAUCGGCGUGAUAUCGUUCAGCACAUUUCCCCAUCUGCCCCGGAAUACGGACCCAGCUUUUAACCUGACGACUGAUUUGGGUUUUACACCACAACGUUCUAAUAUAGACUCGUAUUCAUGAUGUCCGUUCAUCCCUCCUGUUUUAGUCUCAUCGACAGGCUUCAUCGUUUAAACACCGUCUGAAUGUUGGAUGAGGGCUAACACACGAUAUCCUGUAAGGUAUUCAAAUCCCGACGGGGUGCCGUUAAUUAACGAGGAACGCUUUACAGCGCGCGCACCGAAGAAUCCGCUGUUGUCGACCUGAGCGUCAGAGACUGUUAACGUUUUUUGUCGUUUUGUUUCGGGGUUGUUGUUUUUUUUUUUUUUUCUUUUUCAAAACUGCUGCUUUCAAAAUAAAUAUUUAUUGAAAAAUUGUUUAAAACGGAAAAAAAAAAAAAAAAAAAAAAAGAAGAUUUUUUAGCUAUUUGCAAGAUGUCUGGAAAAAAAUGCCGACUGCCUUGUUUUUUAAAGAGACCAAUUUGCAUGCUGAUGUAUGGUUUAGUUUUGUAAAGCUA